AUGGAUUCCAGAGAAGAAGAAAUUGCAAGACUGUUGAACUCCAACAUUGUGAGAGGGACAGCCUCUGAUGAGCAAUGGGUUCAGCUGAUCACAGAUUACUUUCUGACGGCACCGGUUGAAAUUGCCCCAUUAUCCGGCUCCAAUUCAGAGUCAGACAGCCCUGACACUGACAGCAGCCCUCAGACCACAGAUGCUGAAGAUGAGGAAGACACCACCGAGGACGGACCACUUGUUAGCGACCCGGUGGCUGAGACCCUUCAGACAGCGGCAGGGUAUUAUGUGAGCGAGGACAGCGCCAACGAAACUGAAAAAGCCUAUGAGCUGGAGUUAAGUGAAGUGGGGGGGGGCAGCAAGGUGGUCGCUGGCAGGGAUCUCAAAACAGACACAAUGUGGGGCCCCUACCCAGGAAUCCUCCAAUCAGAGGGCAGCACAGAGGAUCCUGAUACAGAGAACUCUAGGUUUUCUCUGGUGUGUGAGGAUCCAGACUGUUGGAUGAGUCUGCUCCCUCUGACCUCUGACCUCUCAUCUGCCAACUGCACCAUCUACAGCCAACGUGAAGAAUUGUUCUGUAAGGUGACCAGGGAGCUUGCAGCUGGUGAAAGGCUCCUGGCGGCCCUGUCCCCACCUGUGGGCCCCUGCUCCUCCCCCCCCCAGGCCCAGCUCUCUCCUCCACUCAGCCUUGUCACCCAGAAGCCCCCUGUGGAGACGGAGGACUCUCUGUACCCCCCAGCGCUGCGCUCAGAGAUCCAGCUCCUCCCACAGCAGGCUGGCAUGGCCGCCAUCUUGGCUACUGCCAUUGUCAACAAGGACAUCUUCCCAUGCAAGGACUGUGGGAUCUGGUACCGCAGUGAGAGGAACCUGCAGGCCCACCUCAUGUAUUACUGUGCCAGCCGGCAGAAGCAGCCGGCUGCAGCCUCGUCCCCGCCACAGGACAAACCCAAGGAGUCCUACCCCAACGAGCGCAUCUGCCCCUUCCCACAGUGCAACAAGAGCUGCCCCAGUGCCAGCUCACUUGAGAUCCACAUGCGCACACACAGUGGUGAGCGUCCAUUUGUCUGUCUCAUCUGUCUGUCAGCCUUCACCACUAAAGCGAACUGUGAGCGCCACCUUAAGGUCCACACUGACACACUGAACGGGGUGUGUCAUGGCUGUGGCUUUGUCUCCACAACAAGGGACAUCCUUUACAGCCAUCUGGUCACCAGCCACAUGGUUUGCCAGCCGGGGUCUCACAGUGAGGUCUACUCCCCAGGUCCCGGCCUACCCAAGCUCCCCAUGUCCACUGGUCUCAGUCCAGGAGACUCUGGCGUGGUGCUGAAGUGUCAAGUGUGUGGCCAGAACUCUGACUCACCUGCCCAGCUUCAGCAGCAUGUGCGAACCCACCUAGAGGUUAGGGUCCCAGUCGAAAGGAGCCCCACCCCCUGCCAAAGCACCCCAUCUUCAGUUGACAACCCCCACCUCCAGCAGUCUCCCCAGGACAGGGAGUCCCUGGCCUGUGUCCCUACGCCAGAAUCGGUCAGCCCUGGUGCAAACGGAGGCUCCGCCACGCCUCGAGACUACAGUCCUAUUGAUGUAAAGAUCAAAGAGGAGCCUCCUUCGGACUUAGAGACAGAAGAGCAGCAAAUGGAGAUUAGGGAGGCUGGAGAAGAUGAGCAGCUGGGUGAAGAGGCAGGAGAUCAAGAAGCAACAAGGAAGACAAACAAGAAGCAAACAUCCUCCUUCCAGACAUCCACCUCUCCAAAAAGUCUGGCCACUGCAACUGUAAAGGCAGAACCAACUAGUCCCACCCCUGGUUCUAGCCCCGCACAUGUCAGUGGCACAGGGUCAGUUCUUCCCGGAGGAGCAAUGUUCUUGCCUCAGUACAUGUUUAAUCCUGAGGCCGCCAUCCUGCCUCAGGCCUCAGAGAUACUGGCUAAAAUGUCAGAGAUGGUCCACAGCCGUCUGAAGCAGGGCCAGACAGUUCCUCAGAACAACCCGGCUGCAUUCCUACCCUCUGGACCAACUGCGCCUACAGCCACAGCCACUCCUCCUCACAAAGGAGCCACCUGCUUUCAAUGCGAUAUCACCUUCAACAACAUCAACAACUUUUAUGCACAUAAGAGGCUGUACUGCUCCAGUAGGCAUCAUGGAGAAGGUGCAACCUCAGCUUCAGACCCUGGGACAACUCGAGAUGCAGCACCAGCGACACUCCCUUCCAGUGGGGCCCAUGGCACGUCAGCAUCACCUCAGGGCGGAGCAGCAAGUAGGGCCGCCUCUGCUUCUCCCUCUGACUCUGACCCUCCUGCAGGCAGUGGAGCAACAGAAUCCGGGAGGGUCGUGGAAGUGAAGACAGAAACCCCUGCAGGAAAGGAAGGACUAUCAUCCUCUUCUGAAGGGGAAGGUGGCGGUGGAAGUGUGGGAGGAGGUGGAGGAGGAAGAGCAAGCGAAGGCAGCCAGAGUCCAGCAAGUGGUUUUGUAGAAGAACAAGAAGACGAUCCCAACAGAACCUUCUGCGGAGCCUGCAACAUCCGCUUUAGUCGUCAUGAGAACUACACCGUUCACAAGCGCUUCUACUGCGCCUCCCGCCAUGACCCAUCCAACCACCGGUCCCUACACAUGGCCAAGGCAACAACCACAACGCCCUUCCUUCCCCAACCCAUCAGGACACGCAAGAGAAAGAAGAUGUAUGAGAUUCACAUGGCCAGAACUGAAGCCUUAGCCAACGCUGCUGCUGCUGCCGCUGCGUCCGCGGCUGCCUCGGCUCCGUCUGCCUCUGUUCUGGGCUUGGCAGUGAAAGAGGAAGGUUCUCCCAGCGGGGCAGGCAGCUCCAGCCCUGAAGGAGAUGGCCCGAUUGACCUCAGCAAGAGGCCCCGUCUGAGAGAGGUUCCACCAAACAGCAGCAGCAGUGUUCUCCCCUCCCUGCCACUCACUGACUACCACAAGUGCACUGCCUGCAGUAUCAGCUUCAACAGCAUUGAGAACUACCUGGCUCAUAAGACCUACUACUGCCCUGCCACCACCCUGCAGCCUCACACCCUGGAGCAGCUUCACAGGCUCAAGAGAUCGGCCUCUACCUCUCCCAAAAGCAGGCCUCAGCAGGAGCGCCCAGAACUUCUGCACCCUAUAGAGGCUAAAGCUCUGCCAGCUGAGUGGGUUGCCCUGGCUCAAGGCACAUCGUCCAGUCCUCACCCCUCUGAUGCCACGUCUCCUCUCCAUACAGCCACCACACUGGCAGCCAUCCCAGGAGCCGGAGCCAAAGGCCUCGGUGCCUCUCAGGUGGUCUGCCCCUACUGCCCUAACAGGCUCAUCCCCUGUGACCUGAUGGAGCACUUCAAGACUACCCACGGCAUGCUAGUAAGCAUUCAGCCCCCCCAGCCAGGUGGUGCAGUGAGCCGCAGCCCCAGCCUCAGUCCCAGGGAUGGAGCUGCGACCACCUCCACCCUCCAGAUCAGCCAGCCCAGACUGCGAGUCCACAGAGAGAGCCUCAAUGGGCAGACAAGGAGUGGUUCAGCUUCACCGGCCUCCCCCCUGGCAAACGGCAGCCCUUCAGCUGGGGGGGGGUCACCUUUAGCUGGCUCCCCCCUGCCUGUUUCUCCCCAAAGGGCUCCCUCUCUGACUGUGACCCCUGUGCCUGAGGUCCUCAGGGAGACUGUGGGGGCUUCCCUCCUUCCAGACAAGGCUGUCCCGAACACAGCCUCCCAUCCCGACCCCACCCCCCAGCCUGCCCUCAUCCCACCCCCCAAAACCACAGUGAUCUCCCCUGUCCUGAACGGUAACUCCCGCUUCUGUCGGCUCUGCAACAUCAAGUUCAGCAGCCUGUCCACGUUCAUAGCUCAUAAGAAAUACUACUGCUCCUCCCACAGUGCUGAACAUGUCAAGUGAGCGUCCUCGUCCCCUGACUGUCCUGCUCUGAGCCCAGGCUCUGCUUCAAUAGGUUCAAAGAAGCCAGAUGUCCCUUUUCCUCUGCCAGUCCUCCCCCAUGGGUGCCAGAAAGGCGCUCAGCUGGCAUGACCAUGAAUGACAAUGAACGACUGUUACUCUUACCUGACAGGGCCUAAUGCUCCGAGCAGAGUCACAGGUGUUGUUACUACCACACUGAAGUGAGGCUUCUGAUGGGUCAAUGUUUGGAGAACACUAAGAGCUCAGAUGCUACCUGCACACACUGCUGUGCCCUCGUCCCAUUGAUCACUCUGUGUCUUUGUACCGCAGUCACCAAUUCAACUCCUGCCACUCCCAGGCCUCACAGUUGUUGCAUUAUGGGAUGUUUAAAACAUGUAUGUCACGUCCUCUCUCUGUCUCUCUGUUGAACUGUCAGUAAUUAGGUUCUGACAUUUGGAGGCAUUUCUGACGAUGACUGAUAACCCGCUAUGUUAAUCUGGUUAUGAUACAUCUCCAGACUUUUCCUGAGCUCUUAAUGUUCCAGACUAACACAGAGGAAUAAUUUCUCUUGUGGAAAAAGACUUGAUCACUGUUAAUGUUUUUAUUAUCUGUGCAUAAUGUAUGAUGUCUGAAAACAAGAAUUCUAUUAUACUAUUGUUUCAACACUGGCUCUUUCUUCCUUACUAGAGAAGCUGAAGCGUUUUUAGCUGAAAAACACAAAUGUAUUAUCACAAUGUUACUAAUUACUGAAGGAUAAUAUUGCAAAAUGGACAAUUUUUGGUUUCUUUUCAUAUACACGUUUUUUUUCUCUUCAAAAAAUUCAAGCAAGAAGAAGAUGUGAAAAAUAUUUAUCUUUUUAGUCCUCACUGAUUUCAUGUCAACAGAAAACUACCUACCUGGUGUCAGAGAGUACUUGUAUUUUUAUUUGUAUAUUUUUAAUACUGUUGGAAGGAUUUGGAUGUGUUUUUCUAAGUGUAGAUAUGUAAUAUCUUCUCACAGUAAUCACUGGGAUCACACUGAACUUUGUUAUCACGUUAGCCUUUGGUGUUCUGGUUAUUUAGAACCCCCCCCCCUACGUUUUGGUGAGAAUAAAGUAGGCUCCCUAAACUAAAUUCAUAUUUUCAAUCAAAGUCUCUUUAGUGUCCAGCCUCAAGACCAUGCUUUUGCUUUUUUACCACGCACAGCUUCACAUUAUUGUUGCACAACGCCUUUCCAUACAUAUUCUGAGAAAUACACAAAAGAGAAAAUGUUUACCACACAUAAACAAUAAUAUGUUUUCUUUUUAAAUUAUUGUGGUUCUGUCCGGCAAUGAAGGCAUAGCAGGGAACAUGUUGAGCACGUCUCACACUGUAGUCUAUGCACGUACAGUAAGUGGUUCCCCCUGAGUGGGGCCCUUGGUGUGUGUUAGAUCCUAAAUGCCCUGUCAGUGGUGCACACAGUUUACGCCAUGUUCCCAGUUGCAAUACAGUGUUAGUUAGAACUGUGAAAUGUUCAUCUUUUUCAAAUAUUGAUGCAAACUUACCAGUGUACAGUAAGGGCCAUCAUAUGUUUUUAAAGUCCACAUUUUGUUUUUAUAUAUAAGUCGCCAAAAUGCAUCCAGAUGCUGAAUUAAUUUGGUUUUCACUCCUGACAGAAAUGGUUGGGAGAAAUAUUGUCAUACCAGUUGUUGUUGUUUUUGUACACCAAGGGACACCAGAGCAAGCUGUAAACACAACAAAAUUUCAUAUUAGAAUCAAACAAGAUUGUUGUGGCGAAUGUGGCACUGUUAGUUUCUCAUUAACUGAAUGAUGUUCGCCCCAUCAUCCCCUUUCCAACACUGGAAACCAAAUGUAAAUUGUUGGAUGUUUUCAUCACAGUCCGAUUCUUGGUUCACUUCCUGCUCUGAUGUGCUUUGAAGCAGCUCUGUAUCAGACACAUUGUUCUACUAAGUGUUUACAAUAUGCUGGUCCCUCUCAGUUCAAAAGGACAUAUACAAGCAGAAAGACAAGUCAUGUCAGUUAGUCACAAAUGAAAUAAGUGAGUGCUUGAAAAUCAUCCUGCACUUGCACUGUGUUGUGUUGUAUAAAAUGUGCUGAAUGUUUUAGUUUUAGGGACUUACUUACUUUUGUGAUGUAUUUAUGUUAUGAAGAUCUCUGUCCGUCCAAAGUGCGUUACCUUGAAGGAUUUUCUGAAAGAUUUUGAACCCUUUUUUAUCUAGUUGUAAAGACAUGUUUUCUUAUUGAUUCCUCUGAUCAUAAUGGAAAAAAUCACAAUGAAAGUCAAAACUUUUAUUUCCAUUUCAUUUCAGUUUCAUUACACUCUUGUUCAAACUAUGCAUGGGAAAUAAAAAAAGUUCUGAGAGACAGUGA